AUGGUGAGACCGUCUACUCGAACCCCAGAGCACCUCAGAAACCACAGCCUUUCCUUCUUCGACCAGAUGGCUCCACCAUUCUACGUCCCUCUUCUCUACCUCUACCCAAACCAUGACGACAACAACAACAACACUCCUCUGCUCAAACUGUCCCUCUCGAAAGCUCUGUCCACAUACUACCCGCUAGCUGGUAGUACGGGACAGGGCCUUCACGAUCCAUUGACGGUUCGAUGUAACGACGAAGGGGCUCUCUUCCUGCAAGCACGGAUGAUGAGCUCGCCGCUUGCUUCGAUCGUAGACGACGAGGCUCGUCUUCGCCUCCUGUUCCCCGACGAUCUCGCUUUCAGGAGCACGACGGCACUGAGCACUCCCUUGGUCGUGCAGAUCACUAGCUUUGAAUGUGGAGGUAUGGCGCUGGCCGUCUGCGCGUCGCACAAGGUCCUCGACAUGUCCAGCUUCUGCUCCUUCGUCAACCACUGGGCGGCAGCAGCUUCUGCCGCCAGCAGCAGUACUGCCGCCGGUGAUCGAAUCGAACAGGUUCCUGUUCGAUUCGAUCUGGCGGCUCUGUUCCCACCGGUGGACGUAGAGGUGACGAAGACGUUCGACCCUCCGAAUGUCGAAACCGUCUGCAGGCGGUUCGCCUUCGGCGGUUCCAGCAUUGGAAAGCUCAAGGCUAUGAUGAGGAGGCACGGAAUCGAGAACCCCACCAGGGUUGAGGCGGUUCUGGCACUGGUCUGUUCCAGUGCCAUCUCAGCAGCAGCCAGGACCUGCUGCUGCUCAUCAGACAGCAGCAGCAGGUCCCGACCGGGGUCAGCCUUUCUGACGCAAGCUGUAAACUUGCGUCCCAGAUUGACCUCCCCUCCCUCGAUUACAACCAGUUCCAUCGGGAACCUGUCUUCGAUUUUCGCGAUGUUGAUUGAGGCAGGGGCCGAGAUGGAUCUGGUUUCGUUUGUCAGCACGAUCAGGAGGGUGAAAACAGAGUAUUUCGAAACCUGCAGUGCAGAGUAUUCCCGUGGAGAAGAUUUUCGUUCUUUCAUAGUAGAGAGCACGAAGGUGUUUAGGGAUGCAGGCAGUAGUGAAGAAGUUGCUGCUGCGGAGCCAAGGGUGUACAUCAGCUCCAGCUGGUGCAACUUCCCAGUAUACGAAGCGGAUUUCGGAUGGGGGAAACCGGUGAGGGUGACGACUGCUGCUCAGGAGCUGAAGGAUACGAUUGUGCUGCUGGAUACGAAAGAUGGAGAUGGUGUUGAAGCGUUGGUGUGUUUGGAAGAACGAGAGAUGGCUGCUUUUCAAUGUGACAAGAUGGUUCUAGCUUUUGCUGAUAUCAACAACCAAGGUAGUUGA